AUGGCAGACGAAACUCAAAAUUCAGCAAAACCUGAAUCUAGCAAAUUCAAUAAUCCGAACGACCCCUUUUUUCUCCACUACUCAGAUCAACCUGGUCUCGUGCUUGUUACGCAACCGCUGAAUGGAGAAAACUACAAUUCUUGGAGUCGUGCCAUGUUGAUGGCUCUCAACAUCAAAAACAAAGAAGGUUUUGUCAACGGCACCGUCCAAGAACCACCAGAGACGUCCACCGCAGAACUUCAACAAUGGAGGCGCUGCAACAACCUUGUCAAGGCAUGGUUGUUUAAUUCAAUUGCAGAAGACAUUGGAGCAAGUAUAAUAUAUAACGAGAGUGCCCAUGAAAUCUGGCUCGACUUGAAGGAACGUUUUUCUCGUACCAACAACGUUCAUAUUUUCCAUGUCGAAGAAGCCAUCCACGAUUGCAAGCAAGGCGAUAUGACAGUUGGAGCUUAUUACACCAAGCUCAAAGGCCUAUGGGAUGAACGUGACGCCCUCCAUAACAUUCCUAAAUGCACGUGUGGUGUCAUGAAGGAAGUGAUGCAGUUUCAGCAAAACCAGAAAACCAUGAAAUUUCUCAUGGGGCUUAAUGAAAUAUACACUAGUAUAAGAGGACAAAUUUUGCUCAUGGAUCCCCUUUCCAAUGUCAGCAAAGCACAUUCUCUCGCGCUCCAAGAAGAAAAGAAACGCGGCAUGAACAAUGUAAAUUUGCCGCAGCCGGAAGCUUCAGCUUUUGCCGUAAAGAAUAAUGCACGAAAACCAGAGAAGGUUUUCACGCCCAAAAAUCCUCAUUUAAAAUGUGGAAAAUGUCACAAAAUUGGGCAUACCUCAGACACAUGUCGGGCACAUCUCAAAUGCGAUUACUGUGGAUGGCAGGGACACACCAUCAAUGAUUGUAGGAAAUUGCAAAGGACCAAUCCAACGGGCAAUAAACCUGAACGGAAAAAUUUUGCUCCCAAAGCCAACCAUGCGGAUACCAAUACAUCGACCAGUCCUACACCAUUCACCUUUACAGUUGAAUAA